UUACUCUCCAAAGAAUAUUUCUUUGAUAUUUUAUGUUGCAGAAUUUGAGUUUAUAUCAGCUUUGGGUUCUCAUCUUCGCGGAAACCCAAGAUGUUAGGGAAUGCACCAACUUUUUCAGUCUGGAAAAUAUUCACUCCAUGUUUCUGAUCUGGCCAAGCUUCUUCGCAGUUUUUGUGAGACUCUUCCUCAUCAAGUAUCCAGAAUAUCUCAUUAAAGAAGGUACAAACAUGCUGGAGUUCUGCUACGUCUGCUUCAGUCUUCUCUUAUCCUUCUGGUUGAGCUCUCUCUGGUUCUUCUCAGAUAAAGAGUUCCCGGCAAACAUGUUUGUCGUCGUCUUCUGUCACGGGCAUAAGGUCAAGGAGUUUACAAAACCAAUUGCAUCUAAGGGUCGGCUAAUGUCCAUAGCGUUCCUGACCUUCUUCACCGUUACCUACUUCAUCACAUACAUCCGGGCAGUUCGCUUGUCAAGAACUGUGUUCAGAGGCAGUAUAAAUCGGGUUGGUCUACGCUUUAAGAGAAACAUGGUGGAUUAUAGGGAGUCUCUGUUCUUUUUUAUCUACCUCAUUACCUCCAGGAUUGGAAGAGAGGUAGUACUACUCCUGUUGUACAUCUACCGUGUACAGUUGGAACAGUACAUGAUGGAGAUAUUUGUAAUCUUCUACUUCAUCAAGGAACUCUGGUAUACAGUGUUUCUUGUACUGCUGUACAUAUCAUGUACACAAAAAUGCCAGGAGCUGUUCACACAGCAAAACAAGGAUUCUGAUUUUGGGAUCAUUUCUCUUCUGUCUAUUGUACCGUACUGCUUUCCCAAUCAGAGGAACACCAUGUACAUAAAGUGAGACUAUAUACGUAAAGAGAGACUACAGUUCACAAAGUGUGACUUCGAACACAAAGUUUUAUGUACUUAUAGAUAAAGUGAAAAUAUGUACACGAAAAGAAACAUGUGUACAGUGUACUGCACAACGUACGACUUUGUGCACAACGCUUGAUUUUUUUCAGGGGACGGAAGCGUCAUGUAUUUGUGUCUGUACCAAAAGAGUGUGUGAAAGAAAUAACGAACCGAAGGAGCACUGUACGUGUAUACAGUACAUAAGAAUCUCGGUAUUUGUACAGUCUAGGAGAGUACAUUUGUUUAUUGUUAAUUGUUUACUUAAA